CAUCUCGCUGCAGUCUUCUCCUCAGUGGAUGUGUUGACUCCCCUGGUCAAACACUGGUGACGGAUGAUUGAUCCAUGGAGGUGAACAUUCCUUUCCUGUCUGGAUACAAGAAGCUUUGUUUGAGUAAAUUGGGUUUGCAUGAAAAGACAGAGCGAGGGAUGCAAACAAGGAUCUCAGUUUGGACCAAGCGCUCCCAGGGGGAACCUCUCACCAGGCUGCGUGUGGAGCUCAGGAACACAAAGUACUGACUCUGUAUUAAAUGUGGAUUAAAACUUCAGCAGAAAAAGAUGGAGAAUUAUCUGGAAUGAAGGAUUUAACGAGGAGUUCAGACAGUGAGGCUCAGGUCGUCAGUAUGGAUACCUUAAGAAACAAAAAAAAUCCAUGGGUUCUUUAUGAGACAGAGGUACCACACAGCAGGUUUUGUGAUCCCAGAUCUGGAGUCAGUCCUGCAGAGAAGCUGAGCCCCGUGCAGCUGAAGCUCCUGAGAGACGCAUUCACUGUGACUCCGAGGGCUGGAGAGCCGAAGAUACAUGAAGACAGGUCGAGUGGGAGGAGAAGGAAGAACAGGGGAGGAAAUGAGGAGCGAGGGAUGACAUUUGAAGAGUUUCUUCAGGUUUUGAGGACAGUGAUUGGUCCGGAUAUUGACGACACGUGGGUUGAGAGGUUUUUCAGUGAGGUGGAUAUCAGCUGUACGGGUCAGGUGAGGUGGCAGCAGCUGUGUUCCUACCUGCUGCUGGAGUACACUGAACGAGAGCGCGCCUCCAUCCCCACAGCUGCUCUGCUGGACCCCCAGCCACAGAUCACACACUGCUCUCACAACAAGAGGGAGCCAACUGUGCGAGUGGUUGCUGUUUCCCAUCCUCCCCCACUCCGCUACAUCAGUGUCAGCAAGGGAGGUCAGAUCACUGUCUGGAACAGCGGCCUACACAUCCUCAAAACUGUUGGGCUUGCCGGAGACCCAACGGAGGAGGUGGCCAACACGAGGAGGUUCAGAGGCUGGACCACUGAUGCUGUUUAUAUGGCCAACGUCCACAAGGUCGCCAUAGCAACUGACUGCAGGGAGCUGCACUUUCUCGAUGUCUCAACAGCCGAUGUAUUUGAGGACGUCCACCUGUUUGGGUUUCGAAGCGUCCCCACUGCUCUUUGCUACUGGCACGACGUCCAGAAUCCCGAGAGCCCCCCUCUGCUGCUACUGGGGGAUGAGAAGGGAGGAGUCCACCUGAUGUGGUUCCUGAACCCCUCCAAAGGUCUUUUUAACAAUCCCUCCAAGAAACAGAACGGCCCACACAGGAUCUUCUUUCCAGACCUUAGCGAACACAGCAAGACGGUCUCCCACCGUUACAUCCCCAACAUCCACCAGGAGCCAAUCAACAGGCUGAUGUUUGAGCCCAGCACCAGUGACAUCAUGACGUCCUCUGAAAGUGACACCAGCUCUGUGGUCUUUCUGAAUUUGACCCUGAGGCGGGAGCCAUACAUUUGGAAAAUGAAACAGGGCGCCAAAUGCUUUGACUACAGUGCCCCUCUGCAGUUGAUGGUAACAGGAGGUUGUGACCGAGCAGUCAGACUCUGGACACGAUUCGUCACCACGCGUCCUGUGGCCGCACUGCUUGGCCACUGCGCCACCAUAUUGGAUGUGGCAAUCUACCCACCUGUCGGACAGAUCAUCAGCUACUCCAGAGAUGCUGAGCUGAGGGUUUGGGACAUUUCCACCCAUCAGUGCCUGAAAACUCUCCGACUGCAGUUCCCAUGCCUGCAGCCGGGUCGAAUCCUGGAACAUGGCAACUUCCCCUUCCUGCUUCUGAGCCCUCCUCUUCCUGGAGAGACUCAACCUCAUUUAGUAGUGGGAUGCAAAGAUUACCUGGCACGGCUCCAUCUGGCUGAAUCCAGAAGAGGAAGAGGUGGAUGGCUGACGAAUGAACAGAGGGAAUUUGGACCAGAAAUUGGUAUGGUCCUCUCCUGUGCCCUGUACAACCCCACCCUGAGACAGGUGGUGACUGGACAUGCCGACUCGUCUGUGUCUCUGUGGGACGUAGAGACGGGUCGGAGGCGCCUUCAGAUCUUAAACGCACAUGGUGAGGAUGAACUCCUCUGCAUGACACUAGACUCCACCCACAGAAGACUGGUCACCGGGGCUCGCAACGGCACCAUUAAGGUGUGGAAUUUACUAAACGGCCUGAACCUGCACAAGAUGGAGCCCGUCUCCAAAUCUGAGGUCACCAAGCUGACCUGUCUCCAUGACAACAAGCUGCUGGCCGUGGGAUGGAGCCAGCGGAUUGUUCAGUAUGACAUCGGUGCAGCAAAGGAUUUGUAUGUGAGAGCAGACAUGUCCUGGAAGUCCGGCGGUGUCCAUAGAUCGGAUAUCCUGGCCGUGUGUCAGUGCCCGGCUCUGGGGGUUGUCGCCACAGCGAGCCAUGAUGGAGAGGUGGUCAUCUGGAGGCUGGAGACACAAGGACCACUGCUUCACUUCCAGAGAGAGGGACAGGCAGGAGUGGUGCCCCCUGUGGACAGCCUCCUGUUCCUGCAGCAUCGAGCUGCCAACAGAAAGCUGAGGAACAGAGGAAUCCUGGUGUCGUCACAGGCUGGGUGUCUGUGCUUCUGGAGCGUCACUGGAGAGACACACACGUACGGUGAGUUUUAUGCUCCAGAGCAGCCAGGUGCACGUGUGUUGAGUCUGAGCUCAGAUCAGCCUGAAAACACCAUCCUGGUCUCUGGAGACACAACAGGCUGGCUCCAGAUCUGGGAUAUUUCUCACUAUGCACUGGACGUCCAACACGGGGUGAGCUGGUGUGAAAUCAAGACAAACUACAAACACUUCGGACACAUGUACUCAAUGUCUUCUCUUUUCACGCAGUCAGUCGGGGAACGGCCUACGCUGCUGCGGAGUUGGAAGGCGCAUGACAGAGGAGUAGUAAGUGUGGAAGUCCUGGACGUGGCCGAGCGACUGCUCGUCCUCACAGCCUCAGCUGACGGCGCUGCUGGACUGUGGACGAGAGACGGAGACCACGUGGGAUCGUUUGGACAGGAGGGGAUGUGGAAUAUCACCGAUGCAGCUGCGUACCAGAGCAGGGAGACGCAGAACGACCUGAGGGAAGAUAGGGAAGAGGAGGGGAGGACUGGAAGUGACUGGGUGGAGGCCAGCAAGGUCAAACCUCAACAAACCUCACAGGAAGAAGCUUCACGCACCAGCCCAGCAGAGAAUCACCACCAGCAGCCUCGGCAACCCAUGUAUGUGUGUGAGGAUUUUUGCCAGACCGUCACUUCGUCUCAUAGGAGGGGACGCCUCUUCGAUGACAUUGAUCACAGCAAUCACGGUUGAUUGGCUGAUUUCGCCUCAUCAGACUCAUUAGCUCCUGCAGGAGAGGCCUCCACUGUGGAUUUACCAAUAAUCCCCCAAGUGUGGUAUCAGACUGACAAGAGGAAGCUCGGCUCACAACAUUUGGAGGAAACUGGGAGCCAUACCGCAAAUACACGUCCAGCCAGAUGGAGAGAUGGAGGAUAUAGAGAGACACACUAGUUUUAUGUUUCUGUGCAGGCCAUAGCCAACUGGCCGGAGGCAUUGACUUUUCCGUCGUCCAGCCGUGCAUUGCAUUUUUCUGAACACAAUAACUCAAGAUCGGCUUGAGGGAAUUUCUUCAAAUUCGGUACAAACAUCUGUAAAGGAUCAAAGGUCACAGUGACAUCUUACAAGUAAACUGCUAUCAUACUGGUUGUUGGAGGCAUACGAAUGAAUCUAGUUCAUCUUAUUUUCUGUUUUUAAAAUGUAAAUCAGUUAUUUUGAAAUAUGUUGCAUGAAUAUUGUUUAUACUUUUCUAAUUAAUUCGACAUUAUUAAUAUACAUUAUACAUUAUUAAUAUAAUUUGUUUCGACAAUGAAUCAGCUGUAUAUUGCCAACCUUAGCUUAAUCUGCUUUAUUCAUUUUAAUAAAAUUGAUUGGUCUAUUUCUUGCCAUUUUCUUUCAUAAAUAGUUUUGAAAUUUCAGAAUUACUCUUAUAUAAUAGUAAAUACUAAAUAACCAGUCAUCUAUUAGCUAAGCUUAGCACAAAGGGUUGAAAUGGGGGAACACAGUUAGCCUGGCUCAGGCUGAAAGUGCAAAUUCUGAUCAAACAAUUUUAAUCCUUACUUAAACGUAAUUGUUUCCAUAGUUAUCAUUAU